GUGAUGUCACGAGGCGCUACGUGUUCGGGGCUGUGUUGCAGGAAGUUGGGGCUGUCCGGGGGUUCGGAGCGGCGUAGUCCAAAAUGCUGCCAACCACCACUGCUCGUUCUCAAGGCAAUGGCACAUUAAGCUCUGGAGACGCAGCGAGGCACACGGCAGGAGCCAAGCGGUACAAAUACAUAAGGCGUCUCUUCCACGUCAGGCAUAUGGACUUUGACUUUGCCGUUUGGCAAAUGCUGUAUCUUUUUACCUCGCCACAGAGAGUCUACAGAAAUUUUCACUACAGAAAGCAAACAAAGGACCAAUGGGCAAGAGACGAUCCUGCAUUUUUAGUACUGCUGAGCAUCUGGUUGUGUGUGUCCACAAUCGGGUUUGGAUUUGUCCUGGAUAUGGGAUUCUUUCAGAUGCUGAAACUGCUGCUCUGGGUUGUGUUUAUUGACUGCAUAGGAGUGGGACUGCUGACAUCAACAUUAAUGUGGUUUGUUUCGAAUAAGUACAUGGUGAGGCACCAGGGAAAGGAUUAUGAAGUGGAGUGGGGCUAUGCCUUUGAUGUGCAUCUUAAUGCCUUUUACCCACUGCUGGUGAUCCUGCACUUCAUCCAGCUGUUUUUCAUCAAUCAUGUCAUCCUUUCACAAUGGUUCAUUGGCUACUUUGUUGGGAACACCCUGUGGCUCAUUGCAAUUGGAUAUUACAUCUAUAUCACAUUCCUUGGAUACAGUACUCUGCCUGUUCUGAAGAACACAGUGGUCCUUCUGUACCCGUUUGCCGUGUUAAUUCUGCUUUACAUUCUCUCGCUGGCCUUGGGAUGGAACUUCACAGCCAUGCUUUGUUCCUUUUAUAAAUACAGAGUAAACUAAGUCGAACUGUUUAAGCUAUUGUUUUUGUACAGACUGUAAAUACAUUAUUGUAGAUAAACGUUUUGAUUUGAA